ACCACUCUCUUGCUCUCACUCAGUCAAAUGGGGAUUCUCCGUAACCAGCUGUAGCCUAAUGUGAGCCUCACUUCUCAUCAUCGUUUCAUUGAUGUUCUCUUGUGUUGUUUUUUCUUGGUUGCUCUUUUUUUUUUUUCCUCUUCUGAAUAAAAUUUCUCAGCUGCCGCCGUCUCAGCUGACAUCCACUGUCCGGAUGCUUCCAGGGUGCACAAAAGGUAGAGGGAAUGAAAGAAGAAGUUUAAGGUUGUGAACAGCGCAGCUUUCUCUUGACUCACUUUGGACAGGUUCAUUUACUGAUGAAAGAAUUCUCAGCGAUGCAGGGAUUUUUGUCGUAGUGGAUGUCUCACUCAUUCUGGGUUAUUUUUGUUCCUCAAGACUGCUGGAUAUAGAAGGGUUGCCCCCCACCCCUUUUGUUCCACCUGCGUGUUUCACCUCUCAGAUACUCUUUAGAAUCUGCUGGUAUUUUUAUGGAGUGUGAAAUAUUUGUAGUAAGUGUGAAGUUUUGAAAGAGCACAGCGGGACAAAGCAUGGCUGAUGGAACCACAGCCGAGCGUUGAGCCCUUCUGUCCACGCAGGCAUUUCAGAGAUGACCACAGUGUCAAUGGAGCCUGUCGGAGUCCUUGUGGAAAGGGGCACCAAUGCCACAGACCCCCCUCUGAACUCACAUGAGGACACUGCUGCCACCUUUACCAUCGGCACCAUUCUCUCAAUCAUGUGCCUCGUCGGAGUCUCGGGGAACAUCUACACCUUGGUGGUCAUGUGCCAGUCCAUGAGGGCUGCGGCCUCCAUGUACAUCUACAUCAUCAAUUUAGCUUUGGCAGAUCUGCUGUAUCUUCUCACCAUUCCCUUCGUGGUCUGCACACACUUCCUGAAGGGAUGGUACUUUGGGAACACAGGGUGUCGGAUUCUGAUCAGCAUGGAUUUUCUGACCAUGCAUGCCAGCAUCUUCACGCUGACGAUAAUGAGCACGGAGCGCUACUUUGCAGUGCUCAAGCCGCUCGACACAGUCAAGCGGUCUAAGAGUUACCGCAAGGCCAUUGCUCUGCUGGUCUGGGCAGCUUCUCUCAUUCUGGCCCUCCCAAUGAUUGUGAGCAUUCAGCUAAUGACGGUGGGCAACAAAGCUAUGUGUCAGUCCACCUUGUCCCCACUCUCCUACAAGGUUUACAUCUCCUGCCUGUUUUGCACCAGCAUUGUCGCUCCGGGACUGAUCAUUGGCUAUCUCUACACCCAGCUGGCGCGCACAUAUUGGGUUUCGCAGACAGAGACCUUCAAACAGACCAAGAAACUUCCCAACCAGAAGGUGCUGUACCUGAUCUUCACCAUCGUUCUUCUCUUCUGGGCAUGUUUUCUGCCAUUCUGGAUCUGGCAGCUUCUGGGUCAGUUCCACCCCUCACUGUCCCUCUCCACCAAAGCCAAACGCAACAUCAACUACCUGACCACGUGUCUGACGUACUCCAACAGCUGCAUUAACCCCUUCCUCUACACACUGCUCACCAAGAACUACAAGGAGUACCUGAGGAAGCACAAGCGCUCAUGGUCAGCCGGCAGCUACUUCAACAGGAGGAGCCGUUUUCAGCGUUCCCCUCGCAGGUCCCCAUCUUCCAGCAGUCAGCAGUGCACCGAGAGCUUCAUGCUCUCGCACACAGCCUGUCUGCAAGCUCAUAACAGCAGUUUGUGAGGUAUGAUGUGAAAGCUGCGCCGCCCGAGGAAGAACAGUAGAGGAGCCACCCGCCACCACCACCACUGCGAAAGAGGACAAAGACGAGAGAAGUGCCAUUUGCAUUUGCAGUUCAACACGCGUGGACACAACAGCGUUGAAUGGGCAACAGCGCCGAACGGCCGACUGCUGCUGUUUGAGACCGUGUUUAAAAUAGACGCCCCUCACGUCUGUGUUUUAUUUGUCCCUCGCAGGACCUCCUGUGGCUCGAGGAAGAUCAGCGUCUUAGGGAAACAAAAUAGUGACUUCCCCCUGUGUUUACCCUCUGUCCUUCUCAUGCUGCAUUGUGGCGGCCUGCGUGUGAAAGUGUCUCUGAAACUGUUAUUUGCUUGUGGUUGACAGGGAGUAGUUGACCCCAAGGAAAGGUAAGGACGACAUUACUGAGGCAUCAGUGAUUUGAUUUUCGAAAAAAACGACAACAUAGUAAUUUUAACAUCAGUCAAGAGGAAGUGAAAAGAAAAAAAAAGAAGUCUGCGACAUAUUAUAAAUACAUGACGGAUGAAAAUGGGGCUGCAUCUGUAGCCAAUGACUGCUUUGGGAGGACAUCUUGUUUUUACUCUAAAAGAAAAUAUGUUAGGAAAUAUGCUUAUCCGCUUCUUUGUGAGUUAGAAUUGGAUACAAUUCACGUUAUCUGAAAUGUUAAUGUCACGUUAGCUUAGCUUAGCAUCCCUUUCACAGUGCAGACAUGAGAGUGAUGUCGAUCUUCUCAACUCACUCAUGGCAAGAAAGUAAAUAGCAUCAUUUACCAACCUGUCAAAUAAUUUGUUUGAAGAAAAGACAAUGUGUAAACAGAAAAUAGUCCUGACUUAUUGAUCUGAAUGGAUAUGCUUGUUGCUGCGGUGAAAACAUUCAACUUGACUUGAGAAAACAUAAUGUUAAAAUCAUUUAUUGCUCUGCCUGGACUUCUUGCACCCCCACCAAUGAAGCUACUUUUUUAGUGCACUGCUGUUUUCUGGCCAAAUACCCAAAACACUAUAUUGCUCUUACCUUAAACGAAUUCCACAAAAACACCAAAACCAACACGAAAUUGAUCCAAAGAUUCGUCAUGUCUAGCCAAAGCCAAUACUGCACAUCAUAUUCCUCUGUGCCACAGUGCUCCAUGUUGUCCAAAAAUGAUUCAAAACAAACAGAAUCAAUGAGCAUCAUUGUUUAAGUGAUGACUACACACUAUAGGUUAUUUUUACAAAGUCCCACCUACACCAUCCUGCUGCCAAAUACUCACUAUAGAGCACCAGACGUGUACUAACAGAGUCUAGCUGUUUUUGGGAAUUAAUUUUGACUUUUUCAACUACGUUCUUGACCCCUUUUCAUCUUGAGUUUGAACAGAUUAGGUGAGUGAUAGAGAGAGGUUGGAGGUUUCCAGAGGUUUUCAUUUAUUUAGAAUAACGGCAGUCUUAACAUGAGUGCAAAACAAGAUUUUCCUUCAGUCAAUGAAUACACUAAAAACUUGUAACCACUACCCCCAAAAAAUGUUAAAAAAAAAAAGACAAAUCAAUGGUGUGUUUCAUCUGAUGUGUUUGGAGAUAUUUGAAUUCCUUUUGCAUGUCAAUGCUGUUACUGAAUGCUUCUGUGCAACGCUAUCGCCGACUACAUCAUCCCAACUAAACACUGAAAAAACCAAAGGCGCAUUUUGUGUGUCUUUGUGAGGCUCGUCUGAGGCCUCUGUUGUCAUCUCUCGUCAGGUUGAUCAUGCGACGGCUUCAACUGAGACAUUUAAAAAAAAAAAAAAAGGGAAACAAAGGGUGUGAGCAGAGCGACAGGUACAGACCAAGCUGUUAAAUAUCUAUCGAUUCAACUCUCAGAGCAGCUGGACACAAUUAAGCUGCCAACAUUGCCUGGCUGAGGAUUAUUUAACCAACCAACCUAUCCUCUGAAGAAAUCUUCUUGGAUUUGGGAGGAGUGUAUGCAAGAGGUUGAAAAUAUGGGAGAAAAUCCUAUUGAUCUCACCAUGGGAUCUAAAGAUGUUCAAGAGCCUUUUUUUUUUAAGAUAUCCCCUGGCUUUGUACACAGUGUACAGAAAACCAGAGAAAUCCACGCUAUGCCAAUAUGCAGUGAAAUAAACCCUUAUUGAUUGAGUCUCCCAUGUCAUGAAUAAACCAAUUGGCUGCAAAUACUGCCUGAGAAAGGUUCGGCUGCUCUCUUUCCUCUUAGACUGAGCAGCGAGUUAUUUAGAAAUACAUGAGACAGAAGUGAUAAUCCUACUCAGUGAAAAAGCAACCCCUUUCAAUUCUUGUAAGGUUAAAUACAUGAAGAUUAUACGGUAAAUCUUGUGUAAUAGAUACAUUAGUAUUAUACUUAAGCCAAACCUCUUAGGUGUGAGACAAAACAUACCAGAGCAUUUCAUCGAAGGUGCAAUGAAAAUAAUUUUGAAGAGACAGGCAAGAAAACAAAAGCUAAUAUUCAUACAGAAAGAGAAGUGAACCUCAGAGGUGAUUGCAUACAAAGUACACAGGCGGAGGUGUCAAGAAAAAUUAGACAGGAAUUUACGAAGGGCGGCAGGAAUUUUUGCAGAGACAUGUUGAAAAUGUUACGACUCCAGCAAAAGGAUUCUCACAAAUCCUGGAGCUUAAUGAAUCUACUUCAUAAAUACACAAACAACAGAGACAAUACAGGGUUAAGCGCUAGCAACAGACACUUGCUUGUUCACAGCUAACAUAUGUGCAAUGACUAAUACAUGUGAAUGACACAUGGAAAAUGUUGCCGUCCUUCCUCUUUUGACUUGCGGUGAUGAGAGCCGUGAGACUCAAUCACACUAUGUUGGCCCGCGACCAAAGACAAAGAGGUAAAAGUAACAAGUACAGUGGCAUUAAAUCGAAAUCCAAUUCCAUUCGAGCCCUAAAAAUAUUUACUCUUAAAAGUCGAGAUGAAGGAAAAUCUGGUUUUCCUGACAGUCUUUUUAUCCAGGGUACUUAUAAAUGUCACCCUGCUUAAUUUGUUUGCGUGGUUUAUAUCACCUCUAUCUCUAACCCUUACAUACUUAGACUAUGUGAAUUACAUAGUUUAGAACAUACUUCUCUGUGCAUGUUAAUGUGGCCACUCAGGACAUUCAUCUUGGAAGCUGUUACUGUCGUAGCUGACCAUUGCUUUAGUACAGAGCAUAAAUCACUACCUGCUUAAUUAGGCUGUGAUAGGAUGAAAUAAGGGAUCUCACACACACAAAUACACACUCUCUCACACACACACACACAAACACACACACACACACACACACCCUGUUAGGUCAUGAGGGGUUUGUUUGCCCUUGGCUGGUGUGUGUUAACUGCAUGUCCCUGUGUGUGUGUGUGUGUGUGUGUGUGUGUGUGUGUGUGUGUGUGUGUGUGUGUGUGUGUGUGUGUGUGCAUUGGUGCAAAACUGAUGCUGUUAUCCUGUAAUUCUCUGACAACUGAGUGAUGUACAUCAUGUGCACUCUGAUUAAA